CAUUUUUUAUCAACAGAAAACCCUAAUUUUCACUCUCUCUCUUUAGACAAAACAAAAACAACUCUGUUUCUCAUUGCAGCGAAAGCUCAACCAACAAGACAAUGAUUAUCACAGAGACCAAUCGCAGAGAGAUCUGCAAAUACCUUUUCAAAGAGGGAGUUUUGUUUGCGAAGAAAGAUUUCAAUCUUCCAAAGCAUCCAUUGAUCGAGUCAGUACCAAACCUGCAAGUGAUCAAGCUCAUGCAGAGUUUCAAAUCCAAGGAGUACGUUAGGGAGACGUUUGCUUGGAUGCACUACUAUUGGUUUCUGACUAACGAAGGGAUCGAGUUCUUGAGAACUUAUCUCAACCUUCCGUCUGAUGUUGUUCCCGCUACUUUGAAGAAGUCUGCUAAGCCUGGUGGUCGCCCCUUUGGUGGCCCAUCUGGUGAUCGCCCUAGAGGACCACCUCGCUUUGAUGGAGACCGUCCCAGAUAUGGUGACCGUGAUGGUUACCGUGGUGCCCCACGUGGUGGUGAUGCUGGAGGGGAGAAGGGUGGAGCUCCUGCUGAUUACCAGCCGUCUUUCCAAGGAAGUGGUGGUAGGCCUGGUUUUGGCCGUGGUGCAGGUGGUUACAGCGCAGCAGCACCUUCUGGUUCUGGUUUGCCCUGAAAGAAUUGUUGUUAUCGUUAGACAUUGGAAAGACAGUUUUGUUAUCUUCGGCUUUAGUUUUGCUUGUGUUAAUGCAAAAUCCGGAUCUAUAAUCUAUGUCUCUGACUUUGGUCUGAAGAAAAAAUUCCUAUAGUUUCCCGGAUUAGUGUUAAAAUGCACUUUUAUUAUUCACUAGAGCCGUGUCCGUGCGUUUCCGUGUUUAAUUUUAUUGAAAAUGUGUUUAAUUU